UCCACCCUCAUGGCCCUCUCCUUCCUCUUCUUCGCCCUCCUCUUCAUCUUCGGCUUCCUCGCCAUCCACGUCUACAUCUCCGCGCUCUGGCACCUCGCCAGCGUCGUCUCCGUGCUCGAGCCCAUCUGCGGCCUCGCCGCCAUGUCCAAGAGCAGGCAGCUCCUCAAAGGCUGCACCCGCACCGCCGCCGUGCUCGUUGUCUCCUACUUCGCCGCCUGCGGCGUGACAGCAGGUCUCUUCCAUUCCGCCGUCGUCAAGGGGCGGGGCGAGGAGGGCAGCCUCGGCCUCACCUUGCCUGUUAAGAUACUUGUCGCCGCCGUAAUGGUCUCUCUUCUCGUCAUUGUCAAUCUGCUGGGCCUCCUAGUGCAGAGCGUCUUCUACUACGCCUGCAAGGCCUACCACAACCAGGAGAUCGACAGGACCGCGCUCUACGAGCACCUCGGCGGCUACCUUGGCGAGUAUGUGCCGCUCAAGAGUAACAUCCAGAUGGAGAACCUCUGAGAUUGGCGCAUUCAUGCUGGGGAGGGUAAGCUCGCUCCUUACCAGUAGU